GCCCAUGUGACACAACUCCAGCCAUGCACUUUCACGACCCAACGAUUGACUGUUUGUCAAACACUAACAAAAUGGAAUGAUUUUGAAGUAUAUUUUAAGGCAAAGUGAAGCCUUGUUUAUCUAAUAACUAAUUCUAUCAUGGGGACAAGUGCACAUCACUCGUUAAAAUGGCUAGCCUCUCUAGGGYUAGUGCAUGACAGCUCCGGCGAACAUGGCGAGAAUGCCGAAAGACUGCUUUCAGAAAAACUCCAAAAUGGCAAUGUACUGUGUCAUUUGGUUAAUGUUUUGAAACCAGRAACAGUCGAAAAGAUUYACGAUACGCCGACCACCGAAGAAGAGAAACUCUACAACUUUGAAUCAUUUCAAAAGGCUUGCCAAGAGCUGGGGAUUUGUGCCGAAGAGGUACCCUCCAUUGGUGAACUUGAAAGUCCAGGAAACAACCAGAAGCUUCUACAGACUUUGGAGCGCUUAGAAAAGUUUGCUGGAGGUCAUGGCUUUGGUCCUUCUGACUCCAAGCCACCAUUAUUGAGCAACACUGAAGCCSUUGAARACAAUAAUCUCAUUACAAGCCCACAGAGAAAGGAGAUGACAGACUAUGGGGGUGGUGGUGUGCGUCUUGUCAAGGCAACAUUUCCAUUCCAGGGCACAGAUGACGAUGAGAUUUGUUUCGUCAAAGGUGACAUUUUGGAAGUGACAAAGGUUGUUGAUGGUGGUUGGUGGGAAGGAACAAUCAAUGGUAAAUAUGGCUGGUUUCCUAGUAAUUACGUCAAGGAAAUCUCCUCAAGUCCUGAAGUACCAGUUACACCUACCACACCGUCACCUGAUGCACUUUCAGCCAAUAAAAGAGAUAGUGCCAGAGUUUAUCAUAAUCUGGUAGUGCAAAAUAUACUAGAUACUGAAAGAGCUCAUGUCAGUGAACUUCAGGCAUUGCUACAAAACUAUCUGAAACCAUUACAAUGUUCAAAUGUACUUUCCCAAAGAGAUUUAAAGGUUCUUUGUGGAAACUUUGAAGAGCUGGUUAAAUUUCAACAGAACUUGUUUAGUAUCUUAGACGAAUGUGCACAUCAACCAUUAAGUACACAGCGAAUGGCAGCCAAUUUUCUACAAAUUGCCCCACAGAUGAAGGAAUUAUAUUUGACAUAUUGUGCAAAUCAUCCAAGAGCAGUUGAAAUACUUACACGACACAGUGAUGAUCUGUCAGCAUUCAUUGAAAGUAAAGGAGCUCCCGCACCUGGAAUCCUUACUCUGACUACAAGUUUAAGCAAGCCAUUUCGUCAUCUAGACAAGUAUCCAACCCUUCUCCUUGAACUUGAGCGACAUUUGGAGGAUGGACAUAUGGACAAACUUGAUACAAAGAAAGCCAUUGCAGUUUUUCAAAAUAUCAAGACCAGCUGCAAUGAAAUGAGAAAGAAAAAAGAAACUGAACUAGAGAUUCUCACUGGUGACAUCGAAGGUCUUGAUAAAGAGGAACUUUCAAAGUGCGGUGAUGUUAUUUUGGUGUCUCAGUUUUUAAUUCAUGGCAGUGAAGGGGAAGUUAAAGAGAGAUAUUUUCUACUGUUCCCAUCAUGCCUUUUAGUCCUUCAUGUCAGUGCAAAGCUGGAUGGAUUUUGCUUUGAGAAAAAGUAUGACUUGACGAGAGUUGCAGUUCGACUUUUAGAAGAUACUGAAGGAAUACUCAAUGCUUUUGAAAUAAGAGCCAAUGGAGAAGUUAUGAAAGUCUCCACAAAUCAUGCAGGAGAGAAAACAGCUUGGAUGGAGACCAUGUCAGACGUUCUUGGUCAAGAAUUCCAUCAAGCUACUCCUAAACACAGCCCUAAAACCUUUGAUAAACUGUGGGAUACUAGAGUAAAUGGCAAGGUAGAGAAACCAAGUGAAUCAAGUGGAUCACCUCCAGGAACAGGCUUACAGAAGAGAUCAAACAGUGCAUCAGUAACUAUGUCACAGCCAUCCACUGAGAUAAUACGAUCCAUGUCAACGUCACACUCUGCAGCAACUGAUAUGACAUCUCUCAAUUCCGUGUCACACACUCCAAGUAUAUCCAAACGAUGGGAUUUCUCUAAACUGAGACCAACUCCCCCACUUAGGCCUGCUUAUGCUCUCAUGGCUAAAGAGCAUGAUUCUUCUAUGGGUCGUUCUGUUAAGGGACUUUUGCACUCCAAUAAGAAGAAACAAGAUUACACAGUUUUACAGUGUUUACCAUUACAUCAUGGUUGCCUAACUGUAAAUCCCAUCUCUACUUUCAAAACUUGUACUUCACAAUGUACAUGUCGGUCUAAAAGUGAACCAGUUGAUGAUGAAAGACAUUAUUCUACAUCUUCCUCAGGAAGCCACCUUUUAGAAGAAGACAUGCUAAUAUUGAGAGUAAUAGAGUCAUAUUGUACAAGCGCAAGAGCCAGGCACACACUAAACUCAAGUCCAAUAGCACCAGAAGUCCCUGCACAUACACCCAGAGCAAUGUCUACAUCAAGUUUAAGAAGUGAUUGGAAAAGAAAAUCCAAAAAGAAACAAAAUAGAGAAGACCUCAUCCCCCUCACAGAACCAACUAAAACACGGCCUGAUUCAGAAGCUUCGAUUGGCAUAAAAUUACGCACAAAGGAAUCCAAAAAGUCAAGACGAUCAAGGGAAGGCCUUGACUACAACUGCUUGAAAAAAACAGUGGAACAUUUACAAUAUGAAACAAUGUCACUACGAGAAAGUUUAGCAGAAGAACAGAUGGCAAGGAGAAAAAUGGAAAAAUUCAUCCGUUCAUCACUAAAAGGAAUAGUUCCUGAUCUUAAAUGGGAAGAAUUCAAGGAUGAGAUGUAACAGCAGAAAUAAUGUUGGACUCUUCAAAAUGAUUCUUGCUUGUGAUUUGUGGAUUACUGGUCGAAAUUCUGUGUGGGACUGUAUUACAAACAGAAGGACACAAACAAAACUUACAGGUCACAGGACGAUACCCAUUGAUUGGAUGUUCUGGUGUACCUGUUUGUGUAGUCAAAAAUCAUCUUACUGGAGACUGCAGAAUUUCUCCACUGCUAUCAUGACAUCUCAAAACUAUUAAAAUGGAGUUCUCACUCCCUAGAUCUAAAGGACUGUCAUUACUGGACUACAAAUUAUUGGACAUUGUUCUAUGGAUAUUAUCAUAAAUGAAAUAUAUAGGUGUUAUGCUAAAAUAACUCAAUACAACAAUGGCCAAUAUCUGUUCAUGAUUCUUGAAUAGAAAGUAAAGAGCAAGCUGUCAUUCAUUAUAGGCGAUGCAAUUAAUCCAUGAAAUAUAGUAAAUAGUAAAAUAUAGUAAAAUAGUAAAUAGUAAAAUAUUCUUUGCUUUCACUAUACAUAACAGUGGCUUUCUUGGAGGAACUUUAACAAAGGAUUUCUAAUUAGUAUCUUUUGUUCAUUCCUCCAACAUGGCUGCCAGUCUUUUGAAUCUCAUGGGAAUGGUUGAAAACAAUAAGUAGUACUGAAUUAUGCUGAUUCCUUUGUUUUCUAUUGUCUAAUCAACACUAUUUACCAGCAAUUAGUGAUAUUUGUUUCAUGGAUUAAGUGCAUCUGCUAUACUAAAUCUAUAUUUGUUGGGUAACUUGUGGCAACACAGUUAUCUUAUUUCAGUAAGUGUAAAUUAUUUUAAACAGUUCGAUCAAUGGCACUUCUUGGCCACCCUGCAUUGACACUGCUUUUCUCAGAUAGAUCUCUUAUAAGAACUAGAAUUGAACAUUUUCAGAACUAAUAAAAUAUGUGGAAUUUCAUAAAAACAGCCUCAGAAAAAUAAUAUUGCUGUAACCAACCUAUGCGGCUAAAUAUUAGUCAACAUUUACAAUGUUUUCAAUUUAAAAAGUGUUUUUCUAAGUGCCCAAUUUAUUCUCUUGGAGUCAGUAGAAGCUACUGCAAUAAUCAAAUACUUGUAAUAAACUACAAUCUCUAUGAAUAGCUCAAUUUUAAAGCUUUACUUAGACUAUUUUACAAAGUGUAAUUCCUUUAGUAAGAAAAAAAAAGAAAAUCAUUUAUUAAAAUAAAAGAAUUAUAAUAAUA